GGAGCUGCUGGGGCGGGAGGCGCGAUGGCCGCGGACGGGAUGGAGGCGCGGGCGCUGCAGUAUGAGCAGACCCUGAUGUAUGGCCACUACACUCAGGACCUGGGAGCCUUUGCCAAGAAGGAGGCGGCACGCGUCCGGCUGCAGCAGGAGCGCCGGAAAGCCUUCCCGAAGGAGCGCGCCCACGGGCCGGAGCUGCUGGAGUACGACCAGAGCCGCUGCGCCCGCUGCCGCAUCUGCACCGUGCGAUGCCAGAAGUUCCUCAUCUCCAAGGUGGGCGAGGACUGGAUCUUCCUCAUCCUGCUGGGGCUGGUCAUGGCGCUGGUGAGCUGGGCCAUGGACUUCACCAUAGCCACCUGCCUGCAAGCCCAGAAGUGGAUGUACGGGGGCUUGGACACCAACAUCUUCCUGCAGUACAUGGCCUGGGUCACCUACCCCGUGGUGCUCAUCACCUUCUCGGCUGGCUUCACCCAGAUCCUGGCCCCGCAGGCUGUGGGCUCAGGCAUCCCUGAGAUGAAGACCAUUCUCCGAGGUGUGGUGCUGAAGGAGUAUCUCACCCUCAAAACCUUUGUGGCCAAGGUCAUCGGCCUGACCUGUGCGCUGGGCAGCGGGAUGCCCCUGGGCAAGGAGGGGCCCUUUGUCCACAUUGCCAGCAUGUGCGCCGCCCUGCUCAGCAAAUUCCUCUCCCUCUUUGGAGGCAUCUACGAGAACGAGUCCCGCAAUAUCGAGAUGCUGGCGGCUGCCUGUGCCGUGGGCAUCGGCUGCUGCUUUGCUGCCCCCAUUGGAGGCGUCCUCUUCAGCAUCGAGGUCACGUCCACCUUCUUCGCCGUCCGCAAUUAUUGGCGUGGCUUCUUCGCUGCCACCUUCAGUGCCUUCAUCUUCCGCGUGCUGGCCGUGUGGAACAAGGACGAAGAGACCAUCACGGCUCUGUUCAAAACCCGCUUCCGGCUGGACUUCCCCUUCGACCUGCAGGAACUGCCUGCCUUUGCUGUCAUCGGGAUUGCCAGCGGCUUCGGAGGGGCACUCUUCGUCUACCUCAACCGCAAGAUUGUCCAGUUCAUGCGCAAGCAGAAGACCAUCAACCGCUUCCUGAUGAAGAAGCGCCUGCUUUUCCCCGCGCUGGUCACUUUGCUCAUCUCCACACUCACCUUCCCGCCUGGCUUUGGACAGUUCAUGGCCGGCCAGCUCAGCCAGAAGGAAACCCUGGUGACCCUGUUUGACAACCGCACCUGGGCCAAGCAGGGCCUGGCUGAGGAGUUCGAGUACGUUGGCAUCUCUGAGGCCUGGAAGCACCCACAUGCCAAUGUCUUCGUCACCCUGGUGGUUUUCAUCCUCAUGAAGUUCUGGAUGUCAGCCCUUGCCACCACCAUCCCAGUGCCCUGUGGAACCUUCAUGCCCGUCUUUGUCAUUGGGGCGGCCUUCGGGCGGCUGGUAGGGGAGAGCAUGGCAGCCUGGUUCCCGGAUGGCAUCCAUGCUGACAGCAACACCUACCGCAUCGUGCCGGGGGGCUACGCCGUGGUAGGAGCGGCCGCGCUGUCCGGCGCUGUCACCCACACAGUCUCCACCGCCGUGAUCGUCUUCGAGCUGACGGGCCAGAUCUCCCACAUACUGCCCGUGAUGAUCGCUGUCAUCCUGGCCAACGCCGUGGCCCAGAGCCUGCAACCCUCGCUCUACGACAGCAUCAUCCGCAUCAAGAAACUGCCAUACCUGCCCGAGCUGGGCUGGGGACACCAGGAGAAGUACAACGUGCGGGUGGAGGACAUCAUGGUGCGGGACGUGCGUUACGUCACCUUGAACUCCAAGUACCGCGACCUGCAGGAGGUGCUGUACAGCACCCAGCUGAAGAGCCUGGCACUGGUGGAGUCAGCUGAGUCCAUGAUCCUGCUGGGCUCCAUCGAGCGGGCCCAGGUGGCGGCGCUGCUGAGUGGCCAGUUGGGCUACCAGCGACGCCUGCAGUACAUGCAGGAGAGGGCACAGGCCGGGAGGACGAGCAUCGCCGAGAAGCCCCAGGACGAGGCCGACCACAAGGCCUCCGACACGGGAGUGCGGUUCCAGAUAGGCACGGAGGAAUCGUCAUCAGCCCCGCCACACGGAGAGUCCCGCAAACCCCUGAAGCCGGCGCUCAAGCGAGGUCCCAGCAGCUUGGUGGAGAGCCCCACAGCCGGGAGCCCAGAUCACUCAGGCAUUUCCCUCAAGAGCCUCUUCUGCACCAACACCGCCACAGAGCCCGCUGAGGACCAAUAUGAGCUACCUGGCGAAAUGAGCCACUCCGAGAUAGUGGAGUGGGAGGAGCAGCAGCUGGACCAGCCCGUGAACUUCAACAACAGCAAGAUCGACCCUGCUCCCUUCCAGCUGGUGGAGCGCACCUCCCUCCACAAGACUCACACCAUCUUCUCACUCCUGGGCGUGGACCACGCAUAUGUGACCAGCAUUGGGCGCCUCGUUGGCAUAGUGUCCCUCAAAGAGCUGCGCAAGGCCAUCGAGGGCUCAGUCACUGCCAAGGGCGUGAAGGUCCGCCCGCCCCUGGCCAGCUUCCGGGACAGCACCGCCAGCAGCAGCGAGACGGAGACCACGGACAUCCAACAGCUGUGGGACCGGCGCCAGCGCCUCUCCAUCCCCCGCGAGUCCAGCCCCUCCGAGACGGACGACAAGUGCCAGUGAGGGGUGGGGCCGGCGGAUAGAGCCCGCCUCAGCUGCUGACGGACCUGACAGACACUGCCAGCCCCAGCGGCGGUGGCACUGGUGCCACUGCCCCUUUGUGCCUGCAGCCCUGGCACCCUGCACUGCCAGAUUGGCCGCCUGCCACCGGGGGAGAAGCCAGAGCCCCAGCAAGCCACUGCCAUCAGCCCUGCCCCAGGACCUGUCCCGGCAGCCCCUGUGGUGAAGAGGAAGGGUGUACCACGGCCAGUCCCUGGUCUCUGCCUGCGAGGUUCUCUGGGCAGCUCAUGUAGGGCUCCUGGGGGGCAGAAGGCAAAUACCCAGCUUCCUGCAGCACCACCCCCAGGGGCCACUUGUUCCCCAACCAGCACUGAUUUCUAAUCCCCCCGCCCCCCAACUCUGCAAAUGUCUCAGCCCCAGGCCCUCCAGCCCCAGCUCUGCCAGUGCCCCUGAAUCCCGCCCCACAGCCCUCCCCCUGGGCUCGACCUGCCGGUGCUCCUCAGGCCUGAGCCGCAGGCCCCCCCUUGCUGUUCAGUCAUGCUACCUCUGAGGUGGGGUUGUGGGACAGGGCAAGGGAGCAUGGGGGGAGGGCAGCUGGGCUUAGCCAAGGCCAGAGGUGUUUGGUUGGCACCCAGGGGGAACAGCUCAAGCACUUCCGCUCCCCAAAGUCUCACUGAUCCCUGCCCCCUCCAGCAUGGCUGCUCUUGCCUGGCCCUGGGCAGGGUCCCAGGGGCUUGGAGCAGGGGCGGGGGGAGUGGAGGGCAGCGACCGAGGCUCUCUGGGCCCUCCGCUGGCCAGGAUGUAAAUACAGAGAUUUUUAUAUUAAUUUAA